AGAAUAUUUCGAUGCUUAGGGCACUUCAGAGCAUGACAUCAUGAGUAUCAGAUUGAGCACGUUUACUCGUUAACUAUCGAGUGCUCAAAGAUAAUUAAUUCAAAAACUAAAAUUUUCAUUCAUAUAAAUUUAAAAUCGAGUUUCACCAUCUCAACAUGUUUAAGCACACUUGCACUAACCUCACUACCUUACCCAGACAAAGGGUGCGGCAAUGGUUGAACGGCUUUGAGACUAUCAUCUGCGAUGCUGAUGGUGUGCUGUGGCACUUCGACGAGUCUAUUGAUGGCUCCGUCGAGGCUUUCAACGGAAUUCAAGAUUCGGGACGCAACAUAUUCAUUGUCAGCAACAACUCCUGCUUGUCUAGCGAAAAUAUAAGGAAAAAGGCAUGCAAUUUUGGUUUUAAUGUUCUACCAAAUCAUGUCCUUAACUCAGGGAAGGCCGUUGGCAACUAUUUGAGUAGCAAGAAUUUUCAGAAGAAGGUUUUCGUUGUGGGAGGGAUCGGCAUAAUUGAGGAGCUGGAAAAGUUGAAUAUAUGUGGAUUUCAGUUCGAAAAUGAGAGGAUAAAAAAAUCCAUGAGAGAGUUCGCCACUGAAAUGAGUGUAGAUGCUGACGUUGGUGCUGUUGUUGUCGGCCGAGAUGACGCUUUCAACGUGUGCAAAAUUAUUAGGGCUUGUUGCUAUUUGAAAAAACCUCAAACUCUGUUUCUCGGCAGCUGCUUGGAUGCUGCCUAUCCCAUUGGUAAUAAUCGUGUUCUUGCCGGCGCCGCUGCCAUGAUAGCAUCAGUCAAAACAGUAACCUCACGCAAGCCGCUCAUUUUAGGCAAGCCAAACCCUUGGAUUGUCAGAGAGCCAAUCAAGAGUGGAGUGAUCAAUCCAGGUACUACGCUCAUGAUCGGCGAUACACUUGAAACUGACAUUAAAUUCGCAAAUUAUAAUGGAUUUCAAUCAAUUCUUGUGGGUUCUGGUGUCACAGAAUUGGAAAAAGUGAAAAAGAUACGUGACAGAGGCCGCGAGCGGCAGAUGCGUUUAGUUCCAGAUGGUUAUUUGCCGAGACUCUAUGAUAUACUGGAGUAUCUUUAACAUAUCAUUAUUCAAAAAUGGAUCAACGAUAGGUCAAAUAUUUAUGCAAUGUGUAUUGUUUUGAAAGCGCUCAUUUCCCGCAUUAGUUCAGAAAUUUAAAU